GGUGGCCGGGCGCGGAGGUGAUUCCACACUCAGGAGAGCGCGGCGGCAGGGGUGGCAUUGGCAGCGUUCGUGUGCUCGGGUGUGAAUCGCAGAGGGAGGAGGCAGUGGAGGAAGAGGUGGCGGCGGUGGCGGUGGUCGUAGCGGUGGCGGAGGAGGCGGGUACGAAUCAGCUGCGGGCGGAGACAUGGCCAACAUCGCGGUGCAGCGAAUCAAGCGGGAGUUCAAGGAGGUGCUGAAGAGCGAGGAGACGAGCAAAAAUCAAAUUAAAGUAGAUCUUGUAGAUGAGAAUUUUACAGAAUUAAGAGGAGAAAUAGCAGGACCUCCAGACACACCAUAUGAAGGAGGAAGAUAUCAACUAGAGAUUAAAAUACCAGAAACAUAUCCAUUUAAUCCCCCUAAGGUCCGGUUUAUCACUAAAAUAUGGCAUCCUAAUAUUAGUUCCGUCACAGGGGCUAUUUGUUUGGAUAUCCUGAAAGAUCAAUGGGCAGCAGCAAUGACUCUCCGCACGGUAUUAUUGUCAUUGCAAGCACUACUGGCAGCUGCAGAACCAGAUGAUCCACAAGAUGCAGUAGUAGCAAAUCAGUACAAACAAAAUCCCGAAAUGUUCAAACAGACAGCUCGACUUUGGGCACAUGUGUAUGCUGGAGCACCAGUUUCUAGUCCAGAAUACACCAAAAAAAUAGAAAACCUAUGUGCUAUGGGCUUUGAUAGGAAUGCAGUAAUAGUGGCCUUGUCUUCAAAAUCUUGGGAUGUAGAGACUGCAACAGAACUGCUUCUGAGUAACUGAGACAUAGAGCUGCUGAUAUAGUCAAGCUUGCCCCUUCUUGAGGAGCAUCAACAUCUGUUAUUUUUAGGAUUCUGCGUAGAUUUCUUUUAAACUGGCAUUCUUGCCUAAUGAUGUUAUCUAGGCACCAUUGGAGACUGAAAAAAAUCUCUGCUCUGUAAAUAAAGCUAAUUAAACGUCUCUGUAAAUUUAAAAAGGGGAAA